CUGGCUCCUCCCCCAGUUUACCAGGGACAGGUGGAGAGAUACAAAGGUGACUCACGCAGGGUGUCCCUGAAGCUGUCGUGAUUAAGGCCGUGUGGAGAGAGGCUAAGAAACACAGCGCUGACCUUGAGCUUUAGGAGAGGAAUUCAGAGGCCCCUGGCAACCUGAAGGGGACCUUGAAGAGGACCCUGUAGGAAGACAGAACCAUUCCCUGUGGAGGAGGCCAAAGGAGGAAGGACAUGGUGUUCCGGUCGUGGAGGGACAGCAGUCAGACCCCUCCCCCAUGUCUUAUCCGUAGACUUGACCACAUCGUGAUGACGGUGAAGAGCAUCAAAGACACCACCAAGUUUUAUUCCAAGAUCCUGGGCAUGGAGGUCGUGACUUUUAAGGAAGACCGGAAAGCACUGUGUUUUGGAGACCAGAAAUUUAACCUCCACGAGGUGGGAAAGGAAUUUGAACCCAAAGCUGCUCACCCGGUUCCUGGCUCCCUGGACAUAUGUCUGAUAACAGAGGUGCCUUUGGAGGAAAUGAUCCAGCACCUCAAGGCUUGUGAUGUCCCUAUUGAGGAGGGGCCAGUCCCCAGAACAGGGGCAAAAGGGCCUAUUAUGUCCAUCUACUUCCGAGACCCCGACAGAAAUCUGAUUGAGGUGUCAAACUACAUCUCCUCGUGACGGAGGCACAUUCUGUCCUCCUCCUCCAUUCUGUCCCCCUUGAUGUUGCCCUCUCCUUUCCUUCCUGCAAACCACCACCCAGGCCCAGAGACCUCUGAAGACUGAGGACUUAGGCACUUCACACAUCCUGCUCAGGGGGGACCCAAGACAGGUUUGGGACCAAACCUACAUGUCUGUAUGUCAUCCAAGCUGGCCUAAUAAAUGCAUAACCUCUC